CACACAGUGGGCUACGUGUUUGAUGAGGGUGCUCAACUUGAAGAGGGAACCAUGAAAGGUGCUCUGCUGCUGCUUUCCAGUGUGAGUGUCCUGCUCCAGGGUGUGGGCAGCUGCCCUGAGAAAUGCUUCUGUCACCCAUCUUCAAACUCUGUGGACUGCAGUGGCCGGGGACUGGCUGAGACCCCUUCUGACCUGCCCCCGUGGACACUAACGCUGUUCUUACAAGAUAACCGGAUCCAUUGGCUUCCUGCUCUGGCAUUCAGGUCCAUACCACUACUCACCACUUUAAAUCUGUCUAACAACUCUCUUUCCAAUGUAGCCUCCAAUGCCUUCUACGGACUUUGGCACUUGCAAGUUUUAAACCUAAGCCAGAACUCCCUGCUUUCCCUGGAAAGCAAUCUUGCCCAUGCCCUGCCCAGGCUCAGGGAACUGGAUGUGUCAUCUAACAGCCUAAGCUGCCUCCCCACAUCCCUGGAUGAACCUUGGGAGAACCUGACGGUGUUGAACGUGCAGCAGAAUCACCUUCCACACUUGAAACGGGCUCUUCUGGAGUCUAUGCCGAGGCUGAAGCUGGUACUUCUUAAGGACAACCCAUGGAAAUGCAACUGCCACUUGCUCGGCCUGAAACUCUGGCUGGAGAGAUUCACCUUUGAAGGGGGAGUAACGGAUGGUGUUGUCUGUGGGGUGCCUGAGCCUUGGAAUGGAAAGGAUCUCCUCUCUAUCCCCCAUGAGCUGUACCAGCCCUGUCCUCUGCCUCCCUCACUGAAUGAGCAGCCUGGUUCUCCCAGUGAAGAGGCCCUGAAGUCUCCCGAGAAUAACUCAGGGUCACGAAAUCCCUCGGAAUGUGAAGUCAAACCCAAGCCAAGGCCUGUCAAUCUGCGCCGCGCCGUGGCUACUGUGGUCAUUACGGGGGUGGUAUGUGGGAUUGUGUGUCUCAUGAUGUUGGCAGCUGCUAUCUAUGGCUGCGCCUAUGCAGCUAUCACUGCCCGGUACCAAGGGAGACCCUUGGUGUCAACUGGUGAGUCUGAGAAGAUGGCAGGAGGCAAAGAGCUGAUGGAUAGAUCACCAGCUUGAGAGCUCCCAUGCCAGAGGACUGAUCACUGAGGCAGAAAGCAUGUCAGAGACCGCCUGCUAGGUUCACUGCUCCUGUCCC